UUGUAAAAUUUUAUUUUCAACCUUUAUUACUUCUUUACUUUUUGGAAGAGCAACUACUAUAUAAUACUUAAGAUGACUGAAGAAAUCAAUAUCGAUACUGCCACUUUAGAAGAAUUAAGAGAUAUCUUAAUAAAUAAAACUGGUGAUGUUAAAUUAGCUAACAGAUUCAGAGCUUUAUUCAAUUUAAAGAGUAUUGGUGGGGAAUUAGAUGAAAAAUCAAAAGCUGAUACUGCUGUUGAUUAUAUAUCUGAAGCCUUUGGUGACAGUUCUGAAUUAUUAAAACAUGAAGUUGCUUAUGUUUUAGGUCAAACUAAAAACUUGCAUGCUGUUACUUCUUUAAGAGAUGUCUUGAUAUCUCAAUCUCAACAAUGUAUGGUAAGACACGAGGCUGCUGAAGCUUUAGGUGCUUUAGGUGAUGUUGAUUCUUUACCAUUAUUAGAAGAAUAUUUCAAAAAUGAUCCUCAAAUCGAAAUCAGACAAACAUGUGAAUUAGCCAUUGAAAGAAUAAAAUGGGAAAAUUCAGAAAAGGCAAAAUCAGAAACUUUAGAAAAAUCUGCCUUUUCUUCAAUCGAUCCAGCUCCUCCUUUGGCCACUGAUGUUGAAUCCAAAAUAGAUAAAUUACAAACCAUCUUAAAUGAUCAAGAUAAACCAUUAUUCGAAAGAUAUAGAGCUAUGUUCAGAUUAAGAGAUUUAGGAACUGAUGAAGCUUGUUUAGCUUUAGCUAGUGGAUUUGCUGAUCCAUCAGCUUUAUUCAAACAUGAAAUCGCUUAUGUUUUCGGUCAAUUAUGUAACCCAGUUACUGUUCCAUCUUUAAUCAAAGUAUUAAAGGAUGAAUCUGAAGCUGGUAUGGUUAGACAUGAGGCUGCUGAAGCUUUAGGUUCAAUUGCAACUGAUGAAGUCUUGCCAGUUUUACAACAAUACCUGACUGAUAAAGAACAAGUGGUUAGAGAAUCCGCUAUUGUUGCUUUAGACAUGUAUGAAUAUGAAAACUCCAAUGAAAUGGAAUACGCUGCCAUUAAAACUAAUUAGAUUUGACUAUUUUAUUUUUCAUCUAUUGUAUAUUACUACUUCUUUUACCCUACAUUUUAAAUCAAAAACUAAAGUGUCAAUUUUACUCUAUUAU